AUGGAUGUCUACUUAAUGAUUCGCCGCCACAAGACAACAAUCUUCACUGAGGCCAAAGAGACAACAACUGUGCAUGAAUUGAAAAAGGUGGUGGAGGGAAUACUGAAGAGGCCACCAGAGGAGCAACGGCUCUACAAAGAUGACCAGCUGCUGGAUGAUGAUGAUAGGACUUUGCUAGACUGUGGCUUAAGCAGCCAAAGCUGCCGUCCUCAUUUACCCGCCACAGUGGGCUUGGCUUUAUUCAGACAUGGCAAUGGCACCUUUGAACCAUUGCGUAUUGACCCUUUCUCAAGCACCCCAGAGUUACCUGAUGUUAUGAAGUCACAGGAGUCUGGCAGCAGCUCUAGUGAUCAAGCCUUGCAUUAA